AUGAAAGAUUUUACAAUUUAUCUUUCAACAGCACCUGUACUUGCGGCCGUUUGGUUUAGCUUCCUUGCAGGACUUUUGAUUGAAUUAAACCGUUUUUUCCCAGAUGCACUUAGUUUCCCAUUCAUGUAA